AUGGAUUUUGUAUCUCGAGAAUUUAAAAUCUUAAACAAAAAGAUACGUAAAUAUUUUGAUAAUUUUCAACAUACAUUCAAUAAAGAUAUGGCAGCUCUUGCUAAAGAUUUGCUUGUUAAAAAUUGCAAAUAUCUUGAUGCUAGUGAUUUCUCAGAGUUCAAAAUGUCUCCUUUCUCACUCAAGUCUCUUGAAAACUUUGUUGCUGAAAGUUUAAAGAUUCAUAUUAAAUAUUUGGUUGCAGUUCGUAAUCUAGAAAAGCCAUCCUACAGUGAAAAUGUCUUGGUGAAAAUUAAGACACUUAAUCAACUCACUUUUCAUUUAACUAUUCCAUCGGCAAGUCAAUACAAUUAUGCAAAUGAAAUAGAUAUUAAUCAAGCUAGUACAGAAUUAUCUUCAGAUAAUGAAUAA